AUGGGUCUCGCCGGCGUCAUUCUGGGCGGUAUCGCCAUCGCGCUCUUUGUAAUUAACAACUACCGCCGGUGCUUAGAUGUGGUUACGGACAUCCAACUGUAUCAAGCGACACUUAGGACUUUCAGACGCGACAUUUACGGCCAAGAGAGGCAGAUCGAACUGACGCUAGGGUGCAUGGGCGUGGUCUUCUUCAGGGGACAGAGAUUAACGAGUAUUGAGCUCAAAAAUCAGAUCCGAGAGAACUUCCCGGACGACUACAAUGGACUCAUGGACAUUUUCGACAGAAUGGAAUAUCUGUUGGCUAAACUUGUGAGCCUCCUAUCAUGUACCCUCACGACCCAGGGCACUAUGCAAGUGGAAGAAGGCAAUACGAUAUCUCCUCAGCACGCGGGAGUCCGGAAUAGGGCGUUAUUCACCCUCGGUGUCCUCCUCACUGAACUCUAUCUGGAUACCACCCUUGCCACGCUACGUGAAAACCACUAUAAGACCGAAUUCUUACAAGAAUUCGGCCUUCUACCCACCGAGAUAGACGACUUUGACCUGGCGAACCAACAAUUAGACCGGGUAUAG